CAUUCAGAAUCUUCUCGGUUACACUCAGCUGAACUCACACCCACACUCAACAUGCCCUACAACUGCUGCUCUGGAAACUUCUCCUCCCGCUCCUUUGGGGGCUACCUGCCCUACUCAGGCUUCUCCUGUGGCUCCUCCUACAACAGAAACCUGAUCUACAGCCAGAACCUCUGCUCUCCCAGCACCUGCCAGCUGGGCUCCUCUCACUACAGGGGCUGUCAGAAGACCUUCCACAGGCCCACCAGAUGUCAGACGUCCAGUGUGGUGUCCAGGCCCUGCCAGCCUUCCUGCUACCGCCCAAGCACCUCCACAUUCUGCAGUCCCUGCAAGACAAYUUAUGCUAGAUCUGUGAGAUCUGUGUCUAGUAGCUGUUGCUCUCAGGGCUAUGGCUCAAGAUGCUGUGGAUCUAGYGGCUGUGGAUCUAGUGGCUUUAGACACCUGAAUUACAGAGUUGGUGGCUUCUCUUCYCUGGGCUAUGGAUCCGGGCUGUGCCGUCCAUCCUAUUUGGCUUCCAGACCCUGCCAGCCUUCUUGCUACAGACCAACCUGUACAUCUGGAUGUGGGUUCUACUGA